CAGAUUCGAAUAAAUUAAUAUCUAAUCUUGGACGUAUCAAGAACAAUAAAGGUGUAGUUUUAAAAGGAAAUGUUUGCAAAAGAAGUGGUUAUAUACAGAUUGACUUAAGCAUUAAUAGUAUUCGUACAUCAACUGGCAUCCCUAUCUUAGUUGCACAAGCCUUCAUCUCUAACCCAGAAAAUAAGCCUUACAUUAAUCAUAUUAACAGCAUCAAACAUGAUAAUCGGGCUGUUAAUUUAGAAUGGGUAACUCCUAAGGAGAAUGCAGAACAUAAAAUAUUUCUGAAUCGUGAUCAUGGUAGUUCUAGGCGUAUCGUGCAGAAAACAUUAGAUGGAAAUGUUAUUCGGAUUUGGAAUUCUAUUUGCCUUGCUGAUAAUACUCUUAAAGUUCUUGAAAAUAAAAUUUUGGAAUAUUGUAACAGAAAACGAGAUACUGCUGGCGCAUUCUGUCCAAAAGAAAAAGGCAAAGAAUUUGUAAACCAGAUUGAUGUGCAUCUCAAGCCUCAGGAUGGUUGGAUGCGUCAAUGUGCUAUCAAGCAGAUUUUUGAUGAUGGGUCUUUUCGAGAAUUUCCAUCCUUAAUUAAAGCACAACACAUAACUGGGAUUGAUCAAUCAAGUAUCUCAAAGGUUUGCAGAGGAUAUCGAACUUAUACUGGCAGAUAUCAUUAG